AUGGGGAAAGGGGGAGAAGUAGGAGCGGACGCAUCCGGACCAGCAAACCAUGCCGGCAACAGGUGGCGCGACCGCAUCGAGGCCACCUAUCCCUCCCACCAAGAUCCCCCGCGAGCACCCCCAUGUCGCCCCACCAUGGUAGCUGACACACAUCUCCGUGAGGCCAUCGGCAACCGCGUGCCCGUCGGCGAGGGAGACCAAAUCAACCCGGAGCCGCCGCCAUGGAAGCUCACCGGAUAUGCCUCCUCGCGCCGCCCGCCGACGUCCGAGCGCCAGACCAGGAAGGUUCCGACGCGGAUUCGACCGACACGCCCCACCAGCCACCACCACUGCGCCGCCACCCCCACCAGCCCGGAGCCAGGGCAGGGGCGGCCGCCCGCAGAUCCUUGUCGCCCGCGACCCGCACCACCGCAGCGCCAAGCCAGGAGCCGGCCUAGGCCACUGGAGCCCGCCACCGAUGCCCUACCUAGUGGCGACCGGCGGCACGCCAGAUCCGCCCGCCACCAAGACUGCCCCACCAGCCGCUCGCCGCCCCCGCCGCUCAACGCACCGGCACGCCCUCCGACGCUCAGCCCGUCGCGCCACCGGCACGCGCAGCGUCAACACCACGCCGCCACGCCGCAGCGCCGCUUCGCCCUGGGACAGCGUGGCACCCCGAUCCAGCCGCGUCGGCCCCCGCCAAGGCCGCUGGAAGGGGGAACGAGGAGGCCUCGCCGCCGCCGCCGGCGGCCAGGCUUCGCCUCUGCGCGCCCUUUGGCGGCGGCGAGGGAGGAGGAAGGGGCGGGGAAAAGAGUUGACGGCGGCGCGCGACGUGUGUUUUGUUUUCCGAAGUUGGCAGCACCAUCAGAGAAUCAGAGGUAG